AUGACAUUUGAAUAUACAACUGAUGAUGAAUUUGAUUAUUUAUUCAAAAUACUAAUUAUUGGUGAUAGUGGAGUUGGAAAAACAACAAUUUUACAACGUUUUGCUCAUGACUAUUUUUCAACUGAAUAUGUAGCGACGAUUGGUGUUGAUUUUCAAAUUCGAACAAUCAAAGUCGAUACAAAACGUUGUAAAUUACAAAUAUGGGAUACAGCUGGUCAAGAUCGUUUUAAAUGUGUUGUAUCAUCAUUUUAUCGUAAUGCAAAUGGUGUUGUAAUUUGUUUUGAUUUAACUGAUGUUGAAAGUUUUCGUAAUGUUCAUAAUUGGUUCGAAGAAGUUAAACGAUAUUGUCCAGAACAAACACCUGUUUUUCUCAUUGGUACAAAAUCCGAUUUAAAAGCACGACGUAUGAUUACCUAUGAUAUGAUAAAAGCUUAUGCUGAUAAAUAUCAAAUAUCAUAUCUCGAAACAAGUUCAAAAACAAAUGAAAAUGUAGAAAAAUGCUUUUUUGAUUUUACACAAACAUUAGUCACGCAUACAAAUCAAAUGGAAUUAUCGCAUAAACCUACUCCUAAAUCAAGAUCAACUAUUGAGUUGGAAUCUAAACGAAAGACAAUUGGUGCUAAUACUAACGGGGGAUGUUUUAGUGGUAAUACAUGUACAAUUUAA